CGCCCCGCCUUGUCUGUUUGUCCUUCACUGUCCUUCACAAGAUUUCAUAAGAAAGAAAGUCAAACAAAAUUGACAUUUCCAAACCGUACAUCGGAAAGAGAGUACCUGGGUACUUGUCGAAAUAAAAUAGUGAAUUAAUUUAUAUUUGAAUAAUAUCCGGAAACAUGUCGAGAAUCGGUAUCAACGGAUUUGGCCGUAUUGGUCGCUUGGUGCUUCGUGCUGCGAUAGAAAAGGGAGCUCAAGUUGUUGCCAUCAACGACCCCUUCAUUGGUCUGGACUAUAUGGUCUACCUCUUCAAGUAUGAUUCUACACAUGGUCGUUUCAGGGGUACUGUAGAUGCCCAGGAUGGCCAACUGAUUGUUAAUGGAAACAAAAUCACUGUAUUUUCUGAAAGAGACCCAAAGUCUAUCCCUUGGAGCAAGGCCGGUGCUGAGUAUGUAGUAGAGUCCACUGGUGUCUUUACUACCACUGAAAAAGCUUCAGCCCACUUAGAAGGUGGUGCCAAGAAAGUAAUUAUCUCUGCUCCCAGUGCUGAUGCCCCCAUGUUUGUUGUUGGUGUCAACCUUGAUGCUUAUGACCCAUCCGCCAAGGUCAUCUCCAAUGCUUCCUGUACCACUAACUGUCUGGCUCCUCUCGCGAAAGUUAUCCAUGAUAACUUUGAAAUUGUUGAAGGUCUGAUGACCACUGUCCAUGCCACAACUGCUACUCAAAAGACUGUAGAUGGACCCUCUGGCAAACUGUGGCGUGAUGGUCGUGGUGCCCAACAAAACAUUAUUCCUGCCUCCACUGGUGCUGCUAAAGCUGUUGGCAAAGUCAUUCCCGCACUUAAUGGUAAACUAACAGGUAUGGCCUUCCGUGUGCCUGUUGCAAAUGUAUCAGUCGUUGACCUGACUGUCCGUCUUGGCAGACCAGCGUCUUAUGAAGCAAUUAAGCAGAAGGUCAAGGAAGCUGCCUCUGGUCCCCUUAAAGGCAUUCUUGGAUACACUGAGGAGCAAGUGGUGUCUUCUGAUUUCAUUGGUGAUUCCCACUCAUCCAUUUUCGAUGCUGCUGCUGGUAUCUCUCUAAAUGAUAACUUCGUGAAACUCAUCAGUUGGUAUGAUAAUGAGUAUGGCUAUUCCAGCCGAGUCAUUGACCUCAUCAAAUUUAUCCAAACAAAGGAUUAAAUUGCAUUUUAUAUUAUAGAAAUCAAUAUUAUGAUUUUUCGAAUAAUCUACUUUUAUGUUUAAGUAUUAUAUAAUUGUGUAAUCUUAAUUUUUACGCUACUUUGAGACUAGUAUUGUCAUAUUCUCAUGUGUAAUUUAUAAUUGCUUCUAAGAGAGUAUACCUAAUGAAUGAUAAUAUUAAGUGAAGUUUGUUUAGUGUAUGUGUAAAAUAAAUUAAUAAUAUUUAUAA